AAGAAACUUGAUACUAAUUCACCUUGAAUUUCCUCAUUCCAUUGUAAAAAAAAGAAAAAGUGAUAAAGGAACGACGAGUAAAGAAACUGUACGAAAUUAUGAUUCGUUAAUUCGUUGAGAGGUUAUUUUUAUCUGAAAAAAGAAAGAAAUUCUUUGAGAUCUUAGUUGUAUAAAAUCUAAAAACACCCCUCAAAGCUCACCAGCGGCUCCCUUUCAUUACUCUCCUUCUCUGUUGCCUUACCCUUCAGUCAAUCAUUUGCCUCUCCUCCGCCACUUAGCUGCUUACUGAGUUACACGUCGAGUCGCAGUCGGAAAGUGCGGGUGGCGCGCCGGUCACCGGGAACACAAUGGGAUCCAGAGGAGGAGGACCCUGUAAGUGUUGUUUCAGCUUCAUAGUCACCCUGGGUCUGACAGCCUUGUUCCUCUGGCUAAGCCUGCGAACCCACGAACCCAAAUGCUACGUUGGGUUCUUCUACGUUCCUUCUCUCAACCAAACCUUGAAGAACCCUUCCAACUCCACCAUCGUUUUCACGGUGGAGUUCGACAACGGAAACAAGGAUAAGGGAAUCAAGUACGACAACGUUAACGUCACCUUCGGGAUUUUCCUGGAUCGGAAUAGGACGAGGACGAUUGGGAAUUCCACUAUUGAGGGGUUCUACCAGGGGCACCAGAAGAAUGCUAAGAAGCCGGGUUUCAUCGAGAUUCAUGGCGGAGGACUUAACCGGACGGCGAAAGUGGACGGGAAAUCGUAUUUCCGGGUGGAUUUUACGACCUCGGUGAAGUACAAGAUCUUGCUAUGGUACACAAAACGACACAGUUUAUGGGGAAGGGCUACUGUUCCCGUCGAUGAUUCCGGGAAGAAAGUUGGGAAGAAAGGUAUCAGACUCGGACACACGGCCACCAUCAUCGUCUCCGGCGCACCCCCCCUCGCCGGUUGCUAUUGCACGCUGUUGACUCUGGGUCUUUUCGUCAAUUUCUUAUUUCUGGAUUUGUUUUUCUAGCUUUACUUUUUUUAAUAAUUUAUAUUGCGAAUUUGCGAUUUUGUUUUUUUUAUUUCUAACGCGUCACUGAGGGUAAAGAUGUCGGGUGGAUCUUGUGGCUGGAUUUGUAUGUGUCAGUGGCUUUAGAUUUUUUAGAAGUGAGAUUAUUGUUUGGGCCACGUCAUUUGUUUAUGCACUUUGAUUUAAUUUCUCAAGAUUUAAUUUAA